AUGAAAUUACUUCGCGGUAGAGAUCGCAAGAUAGACCGAUUCGCCGGGCGGGGAUUUCCCUCUCCCAGAUACGACACGUUCGGACUGGCCGUCUCCUGGUUCACUGAGGAUCAAACGCGAGAACCCCAGUCUGUGCAGGGCGGCAAGCCGCGGUUCAGUGGUUCUGUUCCAAGGCAGUUCGCUCCAGCGGCGGGAACGAAACAAACGCGCAAAACUUCCAGAUGCAGCAUAAUCCUGCGUCAAGACCUUGGUAGCCGAGCGGACGACUCGUGGUUAGUGAAAGUAACCGCAAAUAUGCAGCAUUCAACGAUCUCAAGAGAUGAGAGGUGA